AUGAGUGACUCGCGCGUGCAGGACAGUCAGUCCUGGCCUCCCGGCUCUGUCUGGCUGAACGAGAAACUGGAUGGUGAUGACGAACUUAUUCUGCGGCCCCAGCCAACAGAGGACCCGAACAACCCUCUCAAUUGGCCAUCAUGGCGCAAGUAUGUCAACUUCGGCUUCGCCUGUCUAUGGGACUUGUUGAUCACGGAAUUCCUCUGCGCGGCAACUCCCACAUGGGGCCCGAUGCACCGGGAGCUAGGCUUCAGCUGGGCAAUACUGAACGAUUCCUAUGCUGCCGGUUGUGGCUGCUUGGGGAUUGGCGCGAUCCUUCUCACCCCGUUAUCGCUGAAGUUCGGACGUCGGCCGCUCUAUCUGCUGAGUGCCCUCGUUACCUUUGGCGUCAGUAUUUGGAGCGCUAAGAUGCAGACCGUGGCCGAUCUGAUGCUGGUCAAUGUCUUGUCCUGCUUAUUUGGCGCACUGUCCGAGGUCAUUGUCCAAAUGACGAUCGCCGACAUGUUUUUCGUGCACCAGCGUGGGCUUAUGAAUGCAAUUUUCGUCUGGGUUAGCCAGAUCGGCUCCUCCUUGGGAGGGCUGGCCGCGGGCUAUAUCACCGACUCUCAGGGUUGGAGAUGGGUGUGGUGGUGGAAUGUCAUCUGUUUCGGCGCCCUUUUCGCCGGUCUCCUCCUGCUUUGCGAGGAGACCAAAUACGUGCCAGUGCUCAAUCAGUCAAGCGCGGAGGAUGUGACCAUUUCUGCGGUGCCAGACAAGGUACCGACAACGGAUUCCUCCUCGAUCAAAAAGAAAGACCCGGAAGAGGCACGCUACACCAUCCAUAACAGACCCGUCAUUGACGCUAACAUACCUCGAAAAAGCUACUGGCAACGUCUCUCGCUGUCCGCGAGGUCUCCUGGAGGCUUCAGAACCUUUGGGCGUCACAUGUUUCAACCAUUCGUCCUCAUAACAUGUUUCCCCGGUAUCCUUUAUGUCGCGCUGUCAUACGGUGUGCUGGUCGCCUUGCAAAAUGCUCAGAGUACAACGCUGUCCAGUAGAUUAACAGAACCUCCCUACAAUUUCUCCUCCAGUGGCAUCGGCCUUAUAGGCUUGGCCCCGUUUGUUGGUGUUACCAUUGGCUCGUUCAUUGUAGGGGAGGUCAGUGAUCGGUGGAUUGUUCACCUUGCCCGUCGGAACAAUGGCAUCUACGAGCCCGAGACGCGUUUGUGGUUGAUUAUACCCUUUCUGCCCCUGGUUCUUGCGGGCUCAUUGCUUUUCGGAUAUAGCAUCGACAAGGGUCUCCCCUGGCCGCUCGUGGCUGUUGGAAAUGGUCUGGCCAGUGCCGGCGUGGCUACGGUUCAGACCGUGAUACUCACCUACCUUUCGGACUCUUACUAUGAUGUGAUUGGAGACGCCUUGGUUGGGGUCACAUUUGUUCGGAACUCUGUCAGCACCAUUUUUGUCUUUGCUCUGGACCCUUGGUUUGCCGUCAACGGCAUCUCGAAUGUCAUCCUCGCCAUCACACUUAUUGCCACCUUCUGUCUGUCGUUUGCUGCGGUCUUGCUCAAAUGGGGCAAGCAGUUCCGUAUCCAUACCGCGGCCCAAUAUGCCGAGUAUUCGUUGAAGCAAGCCCGUGUGUAG